AUGUCAGAUAAUAAAUUCGAUGCAUCAUUAAACUUAUUAAGAAGGUUAGAUCCUCAAUUGAUUCAACAAAACCUAACAAACAUAUGUUCAAUCCUACAAUCAUCACAAUUAGAUGAAGAUACAGAAAUUGUUGAAGAUUUAUUAUCAUCAGUUGAUGUACCACUUACUAUAAAUAAAUGUAGUAGUACAGGAAAAGAAUAUUUAUGUUGUGAUUAUAAUAGAGAUGGUGAUAGUUAUCGAUCACCUUGGUCAAAUAAAUAUUAUCCCGAAACAGAAGAAGAAGAUGAUGAUCAACCAUUUCCGAGUUCCAUUUUAAGACAAUUAGAAAUAAAAGCUAACGAUGCAUUUGAUAUAUAUAGAGAUUUAUAUUAUGAAGGUUCUGGAUUAUCUUCUGUAUAUUUUUGGGAUACAUCAGAUGAAGUGGGGGAUUUAGAAGAUGGAUUUGCAGGAGUUAUAUUAUUUAAAAAACAAACAAAUGAUAAAUCAGGUAAAUGGGAUUCAAUUCAUGUAUUAGAAGUUAUACCAGAAACCACCACCAAAAUAAAUUAUAAAUUAACAACAUCAGUUAUAUUAGAUUUAUCAUCCCAAACAUCAUUAAAUUUAAGUGGGAAUUUAACUCGUCAAUUUGAAAAUUUUAUAAGUAUUGAUUUAAACGGUGGUAUUAAUUUAGAAACUAAUCAUUUAAUUAAUAUUGGCCAAUUAGUUGAAAAAUCAGAAUAUAAUAUUAGAAAUAUUUUACAAGAUGUUUAUUUUGAUAAAUUAAAAGAUAUAAUGUUAAAAGAUUUAAGAAUGAUUGAUGGUGGUGAUAAUAAAGAAAUAAAUGAAAAUCAAAAAGAUAUUAUAAAGGGAUUGAAAAAUCUAUAA